UGUCAUUACACUGGUAUCUGACUGUCCCACUUGUACUGUCUUUCUUUCGUUCCCAUCGACGUGAGGUUCGAUUUGUGGGCUAAGUUCAGAAGCUCUGGAAAAUGAGUCAAACCACGACAGCUCUGGAUCCCAUUGUUAUCAAGGGGAACCAAUUUGUUUACAAAUCAACCGGUGCCCGAUUCCUUGCUCGCGGCGUGAUUCUGAUUGGACAAAGUCAGAGCCUUGACAAUGGAGCAGCACCUCAAGAUCCUGAUUCCGCGCUACUCUGGGAAGGUUUGUGUACUAAGGAAAUCAAGGGCUUUCUAGCUCUCGGUGUAAACGUUGUUAUGGUUAUCAUUGCCGAUACGUCUCAAGAUCGAUCGAGCUGCAUCAAUCAACUUAGCGAUGCCGGCAUUUAUCUUCUCGUGGUGCUUUUCAGGGAGCAUGUAGACUCUACCUCUGAUGCCUACGCAUAUCAAACUGCCGCUAUCGACUCCUUGUCGCCCUAUUCCAACAUACUUGGAUUCGCCUUACUGCUUGAUACGGAGGAGCCAAAUAUUGACCCGAUUGAUUCCGAGCCUCUAACAUUCAUCAAAGCUCAGAUACGAGACAUCAAAGACUAUAUCACAACGAGUAAUUACAGAGAUAUUCCGAUUGGGAUUUUUGCAUAUUGGGACACCAGCAGCUCAAAUGGCACCAUAUCCACGGAGUACCUCAGAUGUGGAAAUUUGUCAGACGGAAUGAUCGAAUUCUAUCUGCCAGCUAUUUGUAUGAACGGCAGCAUGCAAAACAAUCCAACCGCCUUGCAGCAUCCAACAACGGCUCUUCAAGAUUUCGAAAUGCCGUUAAUCUUGCUAAACGACCACUCGUGUGAUGUCUCAAGUUUCUCAACAAGUUCCCCUGAUUAUACAUGGACAACUUCUCUAUUCACACCUCCGCUUUCCUCGGUAUGGUCAGGCGCAAUAUUUGAUUACUGGUUUCAGCGUGAAUAUGGUACAGGCCUGGUCAAUAUAACAGAGGAUGAAGGAUUACUAUUUAUCGACGAGUCUAUUGCAUACUCCGCACUUCACACUCAAGUUGAUCUCAUUACUGCCAAAAUUACACCCACAUCCGUAUAUUCGCCAACAUGGAAAAUAUCCAGUUGCCCUACUAUUGAUGCAGGCUUUCGCGCAUCAACAAAGUUACCGCCCCGUCCAAAUCCACAACUGUGUAGAUGCAUGAUGAGCUCGCUCUCUUGUGUUGUUCCGGAAGCCAUUCCAGCUGUGGCUGUCUCCGACCUUCUUGAAAAAGUUUGCCUGGAAGACCUUACAAGCUGUAUUGGAGUUUCUAAGAAUGGUACUUCAGCUGUAUAUGGUGCUUACAGUGGUUGCAAUAUGUACCAGCAAUACUCAUGGGCACUGAACCGUCUAGCGAUUACUCGAUCCAGCAACGGAAAACCAACGAAUUGCAGUUUCUCCACUUGGGAGAGAAGCCAAAGCCCAUCAAUCAGUCCCACAUGCUCAUCGAUGCUGCUGCAAGCAGGUGUCCUCGGAGACGGCACUGUCAAGCUACAGACCACAUCUCCAACAUCAUCGUCAAGAAGCUCGGUGUUUAUUGGCAACCCUGGCAACUCUGGCAACUGGGGAUCGGAGGGAUCUGAGCUCAGCACGGGUGGCAUCGUUGGGGUAGUAGUUGGAAUUGUCGUGUUGACAUGUAUCAUCAUUGGAUCCAUUCUGCUUUGGCACCGCAAGAAACACCCAAAGAGCUCACUCAGCCACAAUCCGAGCGCUGAAGGUCUUGAAGUAGGAGAAGCACCCGCGGGAAUAGGCCAUCAUGCGGAACUUGGAGGUGAAGAUCGACGCUCAGAGAUGUGGACGAAAGGGAACACGAGCGAACUCCCGACUUCGGUACCACUUCAGGAGCUGAGCGAUGGUAUCACGAUGCCAAAACAGUCAACUCCAAGAUCGCUGGGGAGAGGAGAAUACGCUGCUGUGCCGAGAGUGGAUAUCGAAGUUGAAGAGUUGGAUGGGAUGAGUAGGGUCGAGGGAGAUGUGGUUGCUGGAAAGGGCAUCAGGCGGAAACCUUUGGCUUUAGAGAUCGCGCCAUCAUGGGCGGGUGCGGCUUGGUUUGAUCCGAAUGAUCCUCGACAGGUCUUGCCUGGUGAUGAUACAGUGUCUCGUGGUGAAUAGACUUCUCUCAGGGAAAGUUUAGUGAAUUCUGAUAUUAAAUUGAAGUGGGGAGAUACAAGAAGACUGGACAUAAUUGGAAGUUUUGAAUUGUUGUUGACGUAGUGGGGCUCGCUUAACGGAGAUUUCGUCGCCAAAAAUAGCAAAACUCCAUUGGAAGCCCACACUCGAAUGUGCGUGAGGUUCCAAUCUACAACCUAAUUGAAUAGGUUUUCCGAUUCGCGAUAUUAUUAUUCGAUCCGCAGGAUGUUGGUGUUCGUAUACGAAUCGCUUUAACCUGAACCACAUCGACGUGGCCGCUCACGGCUAUGGAAAACAUCUGCUUAUUUAGAUACAUGAAUGGGUUGAGAUUUGAUUUGGGUUUGGGGAGGUGCUCACCAUGUUCUGGCGCGGAAUCAAGUGGACCGUCUCUCCAUUACCGUGCGGGGAAUCUACCCGUUACCUGUACAGGGUCUGGAAGAUUUACAUUUUAUACUGUGGCUAUCAGUGUCACGAAUAGUUUAGAGAGCC